ACAUUGACAUGUCACGCUAUGAGAUGAGUGUCAAGUUAGUAUUUAGUAGUUAGAAAAAUCGUAAAAUUUGUUUAUUCGCGUGGGUUUUUUGGUAAAUAGAGCUAAAAUACUAUGCCGUAAAAGAUUGUAAGCAAUCCAUCACGAAAUUGUCAGAAACAUGGUGGAAGAAACGAAUGCAAACUCCAACAAACCUAAGACGCGGGCUACUCGUCCGAAAGCUGUGUAUCUAUGGACCGAAGCGGAUGUGCAGAAAUGGUUGAGCCGACACUGCAGUGACUAUUACAAUAUGUACUGGCAACGGUUUCAUGAGCAUGACAUAACCGGCAGAGCAUUAAUUCGAAUCAACGACACCACGCUUCUCCGCAUGGGCAUCACUAACAAGGAGCAUCGAGAUGCUAUCUGGCGGGAAAUCCUCAAACUCCGGCUCAAAACUGACAUAGUGGACAUCAUUGACUUGGCUCGCCACUCCUACUUUGACUAUGAUAUGUGACAAAGAAGAUUGUGGGUCGACUUGGCCUACAGUAUAGCAUUCUUUAUACUACUUAUACCACAUGCUAUGGACAAAUAUUUCUACCAUAAUGAAAAUACUAGGUAUGAUAAUGUAUUUUUCAUGUUAUUUCUACACUAUUGUAUGGCCAAAUAUUUUAACCUGAAUGCAAAAAUAAGUGAUCUGUUUGACAGUAAAGUUUUACGAUUAUGUAUCUGUUUUAUAAUCCCUCGGGCGGCAAAGCACUUUUUUAAAUUUUCGCGACAUGCAGGGCGCAGCCUCGAGAUGGCCAGUUUUCAAAGUUAAAAAUGACUGUUGCUGCAUGCGCUGUUGUUGAAGAGCGUCCAUUUCAAGGCUUCUUGCCGCACGAGGGGUUGUUAUCUAUUAAUAUAUAUUAAUAUAUGUGGGAAAAGUUUACAACUAUGUUGGUUAUACAUAUAAGGGCUCUUUAAAAUGUACAUACUGAAGUACUUUUUGCCAGAAGUCACUUUGACUUGUGUAAAGUUUAGCCAAUAAGAUUCUAAAGCUGCCUUUCCACUAAGACAAAGCUGAGCAGAGAUGACAGAAGUUCUGUGGGAAUCAACCAGCAUUGGUUGUCUCAUUAGGAUUGGUAUUCCAGCUGAGUUAGAGCGGAGGUUUAUUAUUAUAUGUCUUUCCCAUCAAGAAACAAUGGUGUUCUGGACCUUUGGGAGGCAUGCGUGGAGCAAGGGGUAUUAUUAUUAUUGUUAUAUAAUUAUAGGCGAGCCGCUAUUUAGCGGAUGAGCCUAUGUCACACAGUGUCCAGUAUUAUACAGUUCAAAGUUUGUAAAAGUCGUAUCACAUCACUAAGACACAAUCUGUUUAUGACCGAGGGAGCAGUCACAACACUAUCCGGUAAACAGUUCCAAGCCGCCACGGCACGGUUGGACAAAUGGUAUGCAUCUUUAGUGGUAGUGGGAGUGCGAACAAUUCGUAGGCUGUGACCUCGGGUCUCGCGGCUGAUAGUUCUCUUGUUGAUUAUAUCGUGAAUGUCGGGGAGGUUGUAACAGUGGGUAACAAUCUUAAAACACUCAAUAAGGUCUCUUCUCGUUCUCCUAGCUUUGAGUGCAAGAGCUGCCUGGUUUAGUAGAGCAAGAGCUUGGUGUAUUGGGAUGGGGCGGGAGGAGGUUACCCAAACUUCCCAGGACCGGAGUCAGUGGAAGAAUAUGACUCAAGCCCUACACCCCAGCAGCAAGUAACAGGAUGAAAAGAAGAAGAUUCCAGCGGAGCAGAAAAGACAACCAAUGCUAUUGGUUGAUGCCUGCAUGACUCCUUUCACGUCCGCUCAUCUUUACCUCUGUGGAAAAGCAGCUUAAAUGUAAUAAAAGUGACUGAAAGAGUUGUACACUUUUGUAUCAUGGGUCACUUUUGCACUUACAUAUAUGUUAGAAUGUGACAGGUGAUAAUAAAACGCGACCAUGAUACUCCACCAGACUUGAACAAAAACAUACCUAUCUGUAAAAUUAAUGAGUAAAACAGCAACCAUUAAAUAUUCAAGUUACAUGCAUAAUUCAAGAAUAAUCAUUUGAAUUCUUCCCUAAGUUGUAUAGAUGACAGCACCGUCUCUCGCUGUAUAGUAAUCCCGUAAGGGUUUCGUACAAGAAGUGCAAUCACUGCUCGCUCUGAAGGCUGGUCAGAGACGCCAAGUCUUUCAAAAAGAAUUUGAAAUAAAGGUAUAUUGUCAAAGAAAACUUUGUAGCCACGUAAAUUUACUGGCAACUUUCGACACAUGAUUAAAACUUAGAACGCCAUUCGACUGUGAUACUUAUUAUUUUACUGAUAUGUGUGAAAUUUGUUAAAUAUCAAAAAGUGGCGCCAUCUAAUAGAUCAAAGGCCAAAGGUAUGUCGGCAUCGUUUCGAGCGAUGGCGCCAUAACCUUUACGUUGUGCCCGGUAAGAUGGCGCCACUUUUUGAUAUUUAACAAAUUUAACACAUAUCAGAGAAAGAAUAAGGAUCAAAGUCAAAGGGCGUUAAUCAAACUAAAAGGUUUAAUCAUGUGUCGAAAGAUGGCAGUAAAUUUACUGUGGCUAAAAAGUUUUCUUUGACAAUCUACCUCUAUUUCAAAUUCUCUUUGCUAGAAGCAAGCAGUUGCAGCUUACGAAAAUCUCAUUUCAGGAAAUACCACACCCGUCCUCUAUAGUAAUGAAUGUACUUUUUCUGAAAGUCUUGUAGGUAAGAAAAAUAUUCCUACAUAUUUAUGUUUUUUCAACGCAUUUCAGAUAUCCUGUAUUUACUGGUUUAGCUAGAAUUUCUGUAAGAAUUUCCUAACAAAUCAAAAAAAAAUAGAUAGGUAAGUAAUAAAUAACUCAUUCCUUUAGCUGUGAGAUAGUAAGCACUAUACAAUAGGUAUUUUAAAUAAAAUGUAUAUAAUGAAGUUUAUAUGAAACAUGAACUCUAUGUCAAUGCAUAAAAAGAAAUCAAUAGCAUCUUUGAUGCAAAUAAAUGUAUGACCAUGC